CGACGUGAGCGCGCGACCUCCGGCGCCAUUUUGUCGAGAAACAAGCGGAGUUAACCGAAGAGGGGGUUGAGGAGAGCUGGAGUCGGGGACCCAGGAGUUUCCUGUGUUCAGCGCUGCUGGAGCCGUCUGAGAGUCGAUGUCUUGUUCUGUCACCCAGGCUGGAAGACUGUCCUGAUGAUAGCUCACUGCAAGCUUGAACAUUUGGGCUCAAACAGUCCUCCUUCUUCAGCCUCCCACGGAGCUAUGGCUACAGGCAUUAGCCACUACACCCUGCUAAUUUGAAAGAAAGUAGAGAUGGGAUUCUUCUAUGUUGCCUAGGUGCCAUGUUUCAGAACAGAGUAAGACCCCUGGUAAAGAAGAACUGAAGAACUUAUACAGACACCAGAUAUAGCCUAAUUAAAAAGAAAGCAUUAACCUGCCUCUGAGGUGACUAAAGGGGAAUAAUGGUGAUUUUGCGCCGGGCUCGGCCGCCUGCUUCCGCCCCAACCAGCAAUGAAUCUUGACUCGCUCUCGCUGGCCUUGUCUCAAAUCAGCUACCUGGUGGACAAUUUAACCAAGAAAAAUUACCGAGCCAGCCAGCAGGAAAUACAGCAUAUUGUGAAUCGGCACGGUCCUGAGGCAGACAGGCAUUUAUUACGCUGCCUAUUUUCGCAUGUGGAUUUCAGUGGCGAUGGUAAAAGCAGUGGCAAAGAUUUCCAUCAGACUCAGUUUCUGAUUCAGGAGUGUGCAUUGCUGAUUACAAAGCCAAAUUUUAUCUCGACGUUGUCGUAUGCCAUUGAUAAUCCAUUGCACUAUCAGAAGAGUUUAAAGCCUGCACCCCACUUAUUUGCCCAGCUGAGUAAAGUGCUCAAAUUAAGCAAAGUACAAGAGGUAAUUUUUGGCCUUGCCCUGUUGAAUUCUUCCAGCUCAGAUCUUAGAGGUUUCGCUGCCCAGUUUAUCAAACAGAAGCUUCCAGAUCUUCUGCGUUCUUAUAUUGACGCAGACGUCAGUGGAAAUCAAGAAGGUGGCUUCCAAGAUAUAGCGAUAGAGGUCUUACACCUCCUCCUCUCCCAUCUCCUCUUUGGGCAGAAGGGAGCCUUUGGAGUUGGACAAGAACAGAUAGAGGCUUUUCUUAAGACGUUGCGCAGAGAUUUUCCCCAAGAACGCUGUCCUGUGGUGCUCGCACCACUUUUAUACCCUGAAAAACGGGACAUUCUAAUGGACAGGAUCCUGCCUGAUUCCGGAGGGGUAGCUAAAACCAUGAUGGAGAGCUCUUUGGCUGAUUUCAUGCAAGAAGUAGGCUAUGGCUUUUGUGCAAGGCUGGAAUACAGUGGCAUGAUCUCGGCUCAGUGCAACAUCUGCUUUUUGGUUCAAGCAAUUCUCCUGCCUCAGCCUCCACUCGGUAUUGAAGAAUGUCGCAAUAUAAUCAUGCAGUUUGGUGUUCGGGAGGUCACAGCUGCCCAGGUUGCAAGGGUUUUGGGAAUGAUGGCUCGAACUCAUUCAGGAUUAACAGAUGGCAUUCCAUUACAGAGUAUUUCUGCUCCGGGCAGUGGGAUCUGGAGUGAUGGAAAAGAUAAAAGUGAUGGAGCACAGGCACACACGUGGAAUGUAGAAGUCUUGAUUGAUGUUCUUAAAGAGCUGAAUCCGAGUUUGAAUUUCAAGGAAGUAACUUAUGAACUGGACCAUCCUGGAUUUCAAAUUCGUGACAGUAAAGGACUUCAUAAUGUGGUUUAUGGCAUUCAGAGGGGUUUGGGUAUGGAAGUGUUCCCAGUAGACCUCAUAUAUAGACCUUGGAAACAUGCUGAAGGCCAGCUCUCCUUCAUUCAACAUUCCCUUAUAAAUCCAGAGAUCUUCUGUUUUGCUGACUAUCCCUGUCAUACUGUUGCCACUGAUAUUCUGAAAGCACCACCAGAGGAUGACAAUCGAGAAAUUGCCACAUGGAAGAGCUUGGAUUUGAUUGAAUCUCUGCUGAGGCUUGCAGAGGUUGGGCAGUAUGAGCAAGUCAAACAACUCUUCAGCUUCCCUAUCAAACACUGUCCAGACAUGCUGGUAUUGGCCUUACUACAAAUUAACACCUCUUGGCAUACCUUGCGCCAUGAACUCAUCUCCACUCUGAUGCCAAUUUUCCUUGGAAACCACCCUAACUCAGCUAUUAUUUUGCACUAUGCAUGGCAUGGGCAGGGACAGUCUCCCUCAAUUCGCCAACUCAUCAUGCAUGCAAUGGCAGAAUGGUACAUGAGAGGGGAGCAGUAUGAUCAGGCCAAAUUGUCUCGAAUACUUGAUGUGGCCCAGGAUUUGAAGGCCUUGUCAAUGCUGCUAAAUGGUACUCCAUUUGCCUUUGUUAUUGACCUUGCUGCACUUGCUUCACGGCGUGAAUACCUCAAACUUGAUAAGUGGCUCACAGAUAAAAUUCGAGAGCAUGGGGAGCCUUUUAUCCAGGCAUGUAUGACUUUUUUAAAGAGACGAUGUCCUUCUAUUUUGGGUGGACUUGCCCCAGAAAAAGACCAGCCCAAAAGUGCUCAACUUCCUCCAGAAACUCUGGCGACAAUGUUGGCCUGUUUGCAAGCUUGUGCAGGGAGUGUUUCUCAGGAGUUAUCGGAAACUAUUCUUACCAUGGUAGCCAAUUGCAGUAAUGUUAUGAAUAAGGCCAGACAACCACCACCUGGAGUUAUGCCAAAAGGACGUCCUCCUAGUGCUAGCAGCUUAGAUGCCAUUUCUCCUGUUCAGAUUGACCCUCUUGCUGGAAUGACAUCUCUUAGUAUAGGUGGUUCAACUGCCCCUCACACCCAGAGUAUGCAGGGUUUUCCUCCAAAUUUGGGUUCUGCAUUCAGUACCCCUCAGUCACCAGCAAAAGCAUUUCCACCCCUUUCAACCCCCAAUCAGACCACUGCAUUCAGUGGUAUUGGAGGACUUUCAUCACAGCUUCCAGUAGGUGGUCUUGGCACAGGCAGCCUGACUGGUAUAGGAACUGGUGCUCUUGGACUCCCUGCAGUGAAUAACGACCCUUUUGUACAGAGGAAACUGGGCACCUCUGGAUUGAACCAGCCUACAUUCCAGCAGAGUAAGAUGAAACCUUCGGACUUGUCUCAGGUGUGGCCAGAAGCAAACCAGCACUUUAGUAAAGAGAUAGAUGAUGAAGCAAACAGCUAUUUCCAGCGAAUAUAUAAUCAUCCACCACAUCCAACCAUGUCUGUUGAUGAGGUAUUAGAAAUGCUGCAGAGAUUUAAAGACUCUACUAUAAAGAGGGAACGAGAAGUAUUUAACUGUAUGCUAAGGAACUUGUUUGAAGAAUAUCGUUUUUUUCCCCAGUAUCCUGAUAAAGAGUUACAUAUAACAGCCUGCCUGUUUGGUGGUAUAAUUGAAAAAGGACUAGUUACUUACAUGGCACUAGGUCUGGCCCUACGAUAUGUUCUUGAAGCCUUACGCAAGCCUUUUGGAUCCAAAAUGUAUUAUUUCGGGAUUGCUGCACUAGAUAGAUUUAAAAACAGAUUGAAGGACUAUCCCCAGUACUGUCAGCACUUGGCUUCUAUCAGUCACUUUAUGCAAUUUCCACAUCAUUUACAGGAGUAUAUCGAGUAUGGACAGCAGUCGAGAGAUCCUCCUGUGAAAAUGCAAGGCUCUAUCACAACCCCUGGAAGUAUUGCACUGGCACAGGCCCAGGCUCAGGCCCAGGUUCCAGCAAAAGCUCCUCUUGCUGGUCAGGUUAGCACUAUGGUAACCACCUCAACAACCACCACUGUUGCUAAAACCGUUACAGUCACCAGGCCAACUGGAGUCAGCUUUAAGAAAGAUGUGCCACCUUCUAUUAAUACUACAAAUAUAGAUACGUUGCUUGUGGCCACAGAUCAAACUGAGAGAAUUGUGGAGCCCCCGGAAAAUAUCCAGGAGAAAAUUGCUUUCAUUUUCAAUAAUCUCUCACAGUCAAAUAUGACACAAAAGGUUGAAGAGCUAAAGGAAACCGUGAAAGAAGAAUUUAUGCCUUGGGUUUCACAGUAUCUGGUUAUGAAGAGAGUCAGUAUUGAGCCAAACUUUCAUAGCCUAUAUUCAAACUUUCUUGACACAUUGAAGAAUCCUGAAUUUAACAAGAUGGUUCUGAAUGAGACCUAUAGAAACAUUAAAGUGCUCCUGACCUCUGAUAAAGCUGCAGCCAAUUUCUCAGAUCGUUCUUUGCUGAAGAACUUGGGACAUUGGCUAGGAAUGAUCACAUUAGCUAAAAAUAAACCCAUCUUACACACUGACUUGGAUGUGAAAUCAUUGCUGCUAGAGGCUUAUGUUAAAGGACAACAAGAAUUGCUCUAUGUAGUGCCCUUUGUUGCCAAAGUCUUAGAGUCUAGCAUUCGUAGUGUGGUUUUUAGGCCACCAAACCCUUGGACAAUGGCAAUUAUGAAUGUAUUAGCUGAGCUACAUCAGGAGCAUGACUUAAAGUUAAACUUGAAGUUUGAAAUUGAGGUACUCUGCAAAAACCUUGCAUUAGACAUCAAUGAGCUAAAACCUGGAAACCUCCUAAAGGAUAAAGAUCGCCUGAAGAAUUUAGAUGAGCAACUUUCUGCUCCAAAGAAAGAUGUCAAGCAGCCAGAAGAGCUCCCUCCUAUCACAACCACAACAACUUCUACUACACCAGCUACCAACACUACUUGUACAGCCACGGUUCCACCACAGCCACAGUACAGUUACCAUGACAUCAAUGUCUAUUCCCUUGCCGGCCUGGCACCCCACAUUACUCUAAAUCCAACAAUUCCCUUGUUUCAAGCCCAUCCACAGUUGAAGCAGUGUGUGCGUCAGGCAAUUGAACGGGCUGUCCAGGAAUUGGUCCAUCCUGUGGUGGAUCGAUCAAUUAAGAUUGCCAUGACUACUUGUGAGCAAAUAGUCAGGAAGGAUUUUGCUCUGGAUUCGGAGGAAUCUCGAAUGCGAAUAGCAGCUCAUCACAUGAUGCGUAACUUGACAGCUGGAAUGGCUAUGAUUACUUGCAGAGAACCUUUGCUCAUGAGCAUAUCUACCAACCUAAAAAACAGUUUUGCCUCAGCCCUUCGUACUGCUUCCCCACAACAAAGGGAGAUGAUGGAUCAGGCAGCUGCUCAAUUGGCUCAGGACAAUUGUGAGUUGGCUUGCUGUUUUAUUCAGAAGACUGCAGUAGAAAAAGCAGGCCCUGAGAUGGACAAGAGAUUAGCAACUGAAUUUGAGCUGAGAAAACAUGCUAGGCAAGAAGGACGCAGAUACUGUGAUCCCGUUGUCUUAACUUAUCAAGCCGAACGGAUGCCAGAGCAAAUCAGGCUGAAAGUUGGUGGUGUGGACCCAAAGCAGCUGGCUGUUUAUGAAGAGUUUGCACGCAAUGUUCCUGGCUUCUUGCCUACAAAUGACCUAAGUCAGCCCACAGGAUUUUUAGCUCAGCCCAUGAAGCAAGCUUGGGCAACAGAUGAUGUAGCUCAGAUUUAUGAUAAGUGUAUUACAGAACUGGAGCAGCAUCUACAUGCCAUCCCACCAACUUUGGCCAUGAACCCUCAAGCUCAGGCUCUUCGAAGUCUCUUGGAGGUUGUAGUUUUAUCUCGAAACUCUCGGGAUGCCAUAGCUGCUCUUGGAUUGCUCCAAAAGGCUGUAGAGGGCUUACUAGAUGCCACAAGUGGUGCUGAUGCUGACCUUCUGCUGCGCUACAGGGAAUGCCACCUCUUGGUACUAAAAGCUCUGCAGGAUGGCCGAGCAUAUGGGUCUCCAUGGUGCAACAAACAGAUCACAAGGUGCCUAAUUGAAUGUCGGGAUGAAUAUAAAUAUAAUGUGGAGGCUGUGGAGCUGCUAAUUCGCAAUCAUUUGGUUAAUAUGCAACAGUAUGAUCUUCAUUUAGCGCAGUCAAUGGAGAAUGGUUUAAACUACAUGGCUGUGGCAUUUGCUAUGCAAUUGGUGAAAAUCCUGCUGGUGGAUGAAAGGAGUGUUGCCCAUGUUACCGAGGCAGAUCUGUUCCACACCAUUGAGACCCUCAUGAGGAUUAAUGCUCAUUCCAGAGGCAAUGCUCCAGAAGGGUUGCCCCAGCUGAUGGAAGUAGUGCGAUCCAACUAUGAAGCAAUGAUUGAUCGUGCUCAUGGAGGCCCAAACUUUAUGAUGCAUUCUGGGAUCUCUCAAGCCUCAGAGUACGAUGACCCUCCGGGCCUGAGGGAGAAGGCAGAGUAUCUUCUGAGGGAAUGGGUGAAUCUCUACCAUUCAGCAGCAGCUGGCCGCGACAGUACCAAAGCUUUCUCUGCGUUUGUUGGACAGGUAGAGCUUUUGGAAAGAAAGAUGCACCAGCAAGGAAUACUAAAGACCGAUGAUCUCAUAACAAGGUUCUUUCGUCUGUGUACUGAAAUGUGUGUUGAAAUCAGUUAUCGUGCUCAAGCUGAGCAGCAGCACAAUCCUGCUGCUAAUCCCACUAUGAUCCGAGCCAAGUGCUAUCACAACCUGGAUGCCUUUGUUCGACUCAUUGCACUGCUCGUGAAACACUCAGGGGAGGCCACCAACACUGUCACAAAGAUUAAUCUGCUGAACAAGGUCCUUGGUAUAGUAGUGGGAGUUCUCCUUCAGGAUCAUGAUGUUCGUCAGAGUGAAUUUCAGCAACUUCCCUACCAUCGAAUUUUUAUCAUGCUGCUCUUGGAACUCAAUGCACCUGAGCAUGUGUUGGAAACCAUUAAUUUUCAGACACUUACAGCUUUCUGCAAUACAUUCCACAUCUUGAGGCCUACCAAAGCUCCUGGCUUUGUAUAUGCCUGGCUUGAACUGAUUUCCCAUCGGAUAUUUAUUGCAAGAAUGCUGGCACAUACGCCACAGCAGAAGGGGUGGCCUAUGUAUGCACAGCUACUGAUUGAUUUAUUCAAAUAUUUAGCGCCUUUCCUUAGAAAUGUGGAACUCACCAAACCUAUGCAAAUCCUCUACAAGGGCACUUUAAGAGUGCUGCUGGUUCUUUUGCAUGAUUUCCCAGAGUUCCUUUGUGAUUAUCAUUAUGGGUUUUGUGAUGUGAUUCCACCUAAUUGUAUCCAGUUAAGAAAUUUGAUCCUGAGUGCCUUUCCAAGAAACAUGAGGCUCCCAGACCCAUUCACUCCUAAUCUAAAGGUGGACAUGCUGAGUGAAAUUAACAUUGCCCCCCGGAUUCUCACCAAUUUCACUGGAGUAAUGCCACCUCAAUUCAAAAAGGAUUUGGAUUCCUAUCUUAAAACUCGAUCACCAGUCACUUUUUUGUCUGAUCUGCGCAGCAACCUACAGGUAUCCAAUGAACCUGGAAAUCGCUACAACCUCCAGCUCAUCAAUGCACUGGUGCUCUAUGUAGGGACUCAGGCCAUUGCGCACAUUCACAACAAGGGCAGCACGCCUUCAAUGAGCACCAUCACUCAUUCAGCACACAUGGAUAUCUUCCAGAAUUUGGCUGUGGACUUGGACACUGAGGGUCGCUAUCUCUUUUUGAACGCAAUUGCAAAUCAGCUCCGGUACCCAAAUAGCCACACUCACUACUUCAGUUGCACCAUGCUGUACCUUUUUGCAGAGGCCAAUACGGAAGCUAUCCAAGAACAGAUCACAAGAGUUCUCUUGGAACGGUUGAUUGUAAAUAGGCCACAUCCUUGGGGUCUUCUUAUUACCUUCAUUGAGCUGAUUAAAAACCCAGCGUUUAAGUUCUGGAACCAUGAAUUUGUACACUGUGCCCCAGAAAUAGAAAAGUUAUUCCAGUCGGUCGCACAGUGCUGCAUGGGACAGAAGCAGGCCCAGCAAGUAAUGGAAGGGACAGGUGCCAGUUAGAUGAAACUGCAUCUCUGUUGUAUGUGUCACUCUAGCGGUCUCACUGCACCGAGUUCAUAAACUGACUGAAGAAUCCUUUCAGCUCUCCCUGACUUUCCCAGCCGUUUGGUUUGCGGGUAUCUGCCCCAACUACUGUUGGGAUCAGCCUCCUGUCUUAUGUGGGCACGUUCCAAAGUUUAAAUGCAUUUUUUUUGACUCUUGGCCAAAAUUUAGAAGAUGCUGUGAAUAUCAUUUUGAACUUGUGUAAAUAUAUGAAAGAGAAAACCUUUGUCUGGAACUUCUUGAGUUUGUGCAAGCUGUGUCCAAGGCAAGUAAGUACAUAAACUGGUACCUUGUAAUAAAGAGGCAGCUGAUGCCAUGCACUUGUCUGAGGGCAUAGCUUCAUGUCGUCUGACAUUCCUGGUGUCCCAAAGAAUAGCAAAAAGCCAGUUUGAAUAUUAUGUAACUUAUUUUUUUAAUGUGGACAGGGGACCCUGAAAAAUCACUAAGUUAUUAAAAAUGUGGACGUGCUAGAAUUUGCUAUGUCUGGGAAGGGCUCACUAGUGGAAUCCCUUGCGUUUUGUCUCUACCCAAACCCAUUCUAAAGGUGACUGCAUUGGUACCAUUUUAUUUCUUUUGGGGAAUAUAUACCUCAGCCACGUGAGAUGGGGGUCAGCUUUUUUAUCUAAAGGGAAACCAGACCAGGCUUAAAUCCCACUCCCUACCCUCACCCCUACCCCCGACAUCCCUCUCCUGAAACCUUUAUAAACUGUGGGAAUACAGGAAAGGGAACCAAAUCUCAUGAACUGCCCUCCCCAUUACUCCACUGAAUGAAUGGCCAUACAGGCUAAGCUGAAUACUGACAAAGAUGAAAGGACCAAUACAGCUUUUUUUUUUUUUUUUAAAUAAGGAUUUUGAAUGUUUUGCUAAUGUAUUGGUCCCUGUGUUGUAUUUUGUAGCCUUUCGUGGGCUUCAGCUCCCUGUAUGUGUAUGCAUACUGUAGCCAACCAUUAAAGUCAUGACACACA